AUGCAUCCCCGAAUCCUCUCACGCGUCCUUAAACCCCCCCAAUCACUCCCCAGGAUCACCCCCAGACUGAGUCCCGUCGUCUCCGGUACCAGCGAGCCGGUGGUGACCACGCACACGCUCAUCAGGUCGGAUCUGAGGUUGAGGUCGAGGUCAAGGUCGAAGCCACCACGGCCAUGGACGUUCCAGCAGCGUGGCAUUCACGGCGGUGCUGAAGAGACUUGUGACACUGGUGAAUACACGUGCAAAACUGCUACUACUGCAGCAGCAGCUCCUUGUCGCACACCGCAGCGGGAGCUUCGCGCGACGCCAAAACCCCUCAAUUCUUCCUCCAAUCAACGCCCCACGCCCGCUUCUGACAUCAUGCCGAGCGCCGGCGCAAAGCUGGGGCCGUCGCACAUGUCCGUCCGAAAUUUGUCGUCGCAGCCGCAGGCCCAGCGGCACAAACAGACGACGACGACCCUAGAAAAUAGUGUCACGGUAAAGAUUGACGGCGGUGACGGUGUUCGUGCGGCUGCAGUAGACGCAGCUUUGGCAGACGCAGGAGCUUCACGAGACGAACAGCCCGAGAAUACCUCGUCUCAGUCUCCCGCCGCCGGUGCUACCACCACCACCAACCAGCCUCCUCGACGAAAGGCAUAUUUAGCUAGGCACCUAAUCGACAUCGACACCAUGGCCGAGACCAGAGAACCCAAACGCGCGCGCGUGGCCGCAGACCCGGCCGAGCACCUCCCAGCCGGCAUCACAGAGACCCAGGAAGAGCUCAAGGAACAAUGGUUCGUGGGCAGCAUAGACCAAGGCACGACCUCGACGCGCUUCCUCAUCUUCAACGGCCUCGGCGACCCCGUGGCAAGCCACCAGAUCGAGUUUGAAAACCACUACCCGCGCUCCGGGUGGCACGAGCACGACCCCCUCGAGCUCCUCUCCUCGGUCGAAGAAUGCGUCGAAAAGGCAAUGGCCCAGUUCGCCUCCCAGGGCCACUCCCCGGCCGACAUCCGUGGCGUCGGCAUCACCAACCAGCGCGAGACCACCGUCCUCUGGGACGUCCGCACCGGCGAACCCCUCCACAACGCCGUCGUCUGGCCCGACACCCGCACCACCUCCCUCGUCCGCGACCUCCGCGCCCGCCCCGGCGCCGACGCCCUCCAGGACCUCUGCGGCCUACCCCUGUCCACCUACCCGUCCUCCGUCAAGCUCCGCUGGCUGCUCGACAACGUCCCCGCCGUCCGCGAGGCCUACGACGCGGGACACCUCGCCUUCGGCACUGUGGACUCGUGGCUCAUCUACCGCCUCAACGGCGGCGCGGAUAAGGGCGACGCGGCCGUCCACGUCACCGACUCGACAAACGCCAGCCGCACAAUGUUCAUGAACCUCCGCACCCUCCAAUACGACGACACCCUCCUCUCCUUCUUCGGCAUCGACCCCGCCAAGAUCCGCCUCCCGAAAAUCGUCCCCUCCUCCGACCCGACCGCCUUUGGUUCCUUUGCCCGGGGCGUGCUCAAGGGCGUGCCCAUCGCCGGCUGCCUGGGCGACCAGUCCUCCGCCCUCGUCGGCCAGUGCGGCUUCUCCCCCGGCCAGGCGAAAAACACCUACGGUACGGGCUGCUUCCUGCUCUACAACGUCGGCGACGAGCCCGUCAUCUCAAAGUCGGGUCUCCUGGCCACCGUCGCGUACGACUUUGGCAAAGGCAGGAAGCCCGUGUACGCCCUCGAGGGCAGCAUCGCGGUCGCGGGCUCGGGCGUCAAGUUCCUCGUCAAGAACCUCUCUUUUGUUGAGGACUCGUCUCGCAUCUCGGAGCUGGCCGAGACGGUACCGGACAACGGCGGCGUCGUCUUCGUGACGGCCUUUAGCGGCCUCUUUGCGCCGUACUGGAUCGACGACGCCAAAGGAACCCUGUUCGGCAUCACAGCGCACACCCAAAAAGGCCACAUUGCCCGCGCGACCCUCGAGGCGACGUGCUACCAGACAAAAGCCAUCCUCGACGCCAUGGCUACCGACUCGGGCCACGCCCUCGAGAACCUCGCCGUCGACGGCGGCCUCUCCAACUCGGACCUCUGCAUGCAGUCCCAGGCCGACAUCAGCGGCAUCCGUGUGGACCGCCCCGCCAUGCGCGAGACCACGGCCCUCGGCGCCGCCAUCGCCGCUGGCCUCGCUCUGGGCGUCUGGAACGAGCUCGAGGACCUCAAACACGUCAACCAGACGGGGCGCAAGAUCUUCACGCCCUCGCUCGACAAGGAGACGAGUCAGAAAAUGUUUAAAAAGUGGGAGCAGGCCGUCGAGAUGUCGAGGGGUUGGGUGCGUGAUAAUGUCGAGUAA